AUGCGGUGGCUCCUUUUCCCCAUCAUCUUCAUCAUCCCUUGUACGCAGCAGCUCUCAAAAUAUCCCACCGUGUGUAAGUUUUCCCACAGCCCACCAGUGAAGCCUGGAGAAAAACCUUCAGAAACCGGCGAGGACCACCAGCGCAAGGAGCUUUGUCACUGGCCAUGCAGAUGCCCGCCUGUGCCAACCUGCACCCGCGGGGUAAGCUUGGUGAAGGACGGUUGCGGCUGCUGUAAGGUCUGUGCCAAGCAGUCGGGAGAGACUUGCAAUGAAGCAGACAUCUGCGAUCCUCACAAAGGCCUCUACUGCGACUACUCGGAAGAUGAGCCUAGGUAUGAAACAGGCGUGUGCGCAUAUCUGAUAGCUGUAGGAUGUGAGCUCAAUGGAGUUUACUAUCUUAACGGGCAGACCUUCCAACCUAACCCGCUGUAUAAGUGCCUGUGCGUCAGUGGUGCAAUCGGAUGUACACCCGUAUUCACACCAAAACUAGCAGCAAGUCCCUGCACCGGGGCCGCAGGCAGAAAGAAGCCUGGACAAUCCAUCUGUGGGCCUGGACAGCACAAGAAGCUUCAAUCAACAAACUACAGGCUGAUGCCAGCUUACAGAAUCUUGCCACUCGUUUUGAAGAAAAAGUGCGUCGUACAAGCAACUCCCUGGACAGUCUGUUCCAAGACCUGUGGCAUAGGCAUAUCCAGCAGAGUGACCAACGACAACAGGCAAUGUGAAAUGAAAAAAGAAAAGAGAUUAUGCUUCAUCCAGCCUUGUCUGACCAAUGCACUGAAGACAAUAAAG